AUGUCUAGCGAGAGUGUGCAAUCCGGGAAACCUCGUGGCAGCCUCAUGAAAGGUGUGUCACGGUGUUUGUCUUUCCUGGAAGUGCCCGUCCAAGAAAGACAAACUCUGAGCGUACUCAGAAAUCCAGAUUUACAGCCAAUCCCCAAGGAAGAACAAACAUGGGGCUGGGUGUCCAACUGUGCGUAUUGGGGUGUUAUUUCGUUCAGUGUGGGAACUUGGAUUAGUGCAAAUGCUGCAUUGGACGUUAAACUGUCGUAUCCAGAAACCGUUGCAACUUUUAUUCUGGGCGAUGUGGUAACAAUCAUUUUCACACUGGCAAACUCGUAUCAUGGUGCAGACUGGAAAGUCGGCUACACCAUCUCUUCGCGGUUUGUGUUUGGAAUCUACGGUUCCGGUCUGGGCAUUUUGGUGCGGUUUUUGAUGAGUAUCGUCAACUAUGGGUCCAACGCUUGGCUGGGUGGUUUGUGUGUGAACAUGAUUUUGGAUUCGUGGUCGCACCAUUAUCUCACGCUUCCCAACACCUUGAGCUCGCACGUUGCAAUGACAACUAAAGAAGUUAUCGGGUUCAUGUUGUUCCACGUCAUUGCAUCGUUUUUCUACCUCAUGAAACCUUACAAAAUGAACUACUUUCUGAUCGUGUCCUGUUGUGCCACUUGUGCUGCUAUGACGGGUAUGAUCAUUUAUCUCUGCGUAAAAAACGGCGGUGUAGGCGAUUACUUUCUAAGCACCAAGACUACGAUUCACGGUUCAGAGAGAGCAUGGGCGUGGGUUUACAUGAUUUCAUACUGGUUCGGCUCCGUGUCGCCAGGAUCCGUCAACCAAAGUGAUUUUUCCAGAUUUUCCACAUCCAAAAGAGCCGUUUACGCCGGUACCAUCCUCGCUCUUCUCAUUCCUACGACUUUAAUCCCCAUUUACGGUGUAAUCGGUGCUUCCACGUCCAAUGAUUUAUACGGAGAACCAUUUUGGAUGCCUAUGGACAUUUGCGAUUACUGGUUGAAUAAUGGCUACUCUGCAGGUGCCAGAGCGGCCACGUUCUUCUGUGGACUAGCUUUCUUGUGUUCGCAAAUUUCUUACACGAUUUCAAACUGUGGGUUUGCAGCCGGCAUGGACUUGAGUGGUGUUUUGCCCAAAUACAUCAAUAUUUUCAGAGGUGCCAUUUUCUGUGCUGUGCUCAGUAUAGCGGUACAGCCUUGGAAUUUUUACAAUUCCUCGUCUACCUUUUUGACAGUUGCAUACUCCUUUGGUGUUAUCAUGACUCCAAUCAUCUCGAUCAUGAUCUGCGAUAACUUUUUGAUCAGAAAGCGCAAGUAUUCUGUCUCGCAAGCAUUCAUACUUCAUGGCGAAUACUACUACACCUGGGGUAUUAAUUGGCGUGCUAUUUUCGCCUUUGUGUGUGGUAUGACACCUGGUCUACCUGGUCUGGCCGCUGAGGCUAACCCUAAUAUCAAGGUUAGCCAGGGUAUCCUCAACUUCUAUCUAGCGGAUUCCUUCACCUCAUUCUUGAUCUCGUUCUUCACCUAUUGGAUUGUGUGUCUCAUUUUCCCUGUCAAGAUCAAGAUCGAGCAAGACGACAAGGACUACUACAACUCAUUUACGGACGAAGAGGCCAGAAGAAGAGGCAUGGCUCCAUUCUCAGAGCUGUUACCUGAGGAAGUCAACGAAUACGAUUACCAAAAGAAUGAAGCACCUCUAGGACGUGUGGAUAAUCCAAGUUCUUUGACCACAGCUGAUGUUGAGUCGGCUCAUGAAUCUUUAGACAAACAGAAAUAA